AAAAGAGGAAGGAUGAACAUUUACUACCCACUUAUCGUCCAAAUAACCAAGUUUGGAUAUUUCGUAAUUUGGAAUCACCAAUAUCUCUAAUGCAUUCUUUACAGCCAUUGUCAAAGUUGAGCAACCUUUUAAAUAAUUUAGAUUUCAGAUUCAACUGGACAUGGGGAUAUCAAAGAAAUUGUGAUAUUUGGGAGCCAUAUGGAUAUUUCAAUGGAACACAUGCAAAAUAUAGAAAUAUAACCAUAGAUAUAUCUGACAAUAAGAAAACAAUUGAAAAUAUAAACUUUGCAGCCAAUAAAAGCAAGUUGGUGUUUUGGGCUGUCAGUAAUUGUGCCCCAUGGAGUAGAAGAGAUGUAUAUGUAGAAAAAUUGAACGAAUAUAUUCCUGUUGACAUAUUUGGAGAAUGUGGAGAAUUUAGAUGCAAGAAGAAUUCUCAGUGUGAAAAUGAUUUCUAUAAACCAUACAAAUUCUAUCUUGCAUUUGAAAAUUCAAUAUGCAAAGAUUACAUCACUGAGAAACUUUGGCGCUGUCUUGUAGUAUGGAAAGUUAUUCCAGUUGUAUUUGGAUGUGACGAUUAUAAAACACUUCUCCCUGAUCGUUCUUAUAUUGAUGUAUCAACAUUUUCUGGCCCUCAUAAACUUGCAGAAUAUUUAAAGCAUCUGGAUCUUGAUGAUCACAAGUACAAUAAGUAUUUUCAAUGGCGAACACAACCUUCUGCUCCGCAAUUAGCAACCAAAUCACUGUGGCCAUUUGAGACUCCAAGAUGUCAGAUAUGCA